AUCUACAUUACGAGAUAUGAAGUAGCAGUGAUAUAAAAGGACCAACACGUCCCCGUGGAAGGCUUGUUCUGUUGAUCGUCGCAACAUUACGAGGACAUGAUGUGGCUGUAUAUUGUGUCGCUUUUGGUAAUAAGUACCACCGUUAAAGGUGACUGUCCCAAUUUAUGGGUGUCCUUUGAAGGCGGUUGCUAUUUUCUGUUUGAGGAUAGCGAGGAGUGGCCCCAAGCCAAUACUGUUUGUGGCCUUCAUUCAGCAUAUUUGGUAACACUUGAAACGGCAAAUGAAAAUGCGUUUGCUAAGAAUUACGCCAGAACAAAACAAGUUCACUCGUCCAACGUGUGGAUCGGCGCCAACGACAUGAUGACUUCGAAUCAGUUUCGGUGGACGGAGGGAGACAAAAAAGUGACAUUCACAGACUGGGCUCGUGGAGAACCGAAUAAUAGUAAUGGGGGCGAGAACUGCGUGCAACUCGAUAGAUCUCACAGUUAUCAAUGGAAUGACGCACUCUGUCACAAUAGGAACCACUUCAUCUGUGAACUGAGAAAAGGGCCAGUUAUUGGUAAAUGAGAUCCUAAUCCUAAUAACGGCUGGCAGGAGAAUAUUAGCUGAAAGUGAUGAACGAUGAAAUAAACGCAUAUGAUGUUG